GGCGGGGGAGGGGAAGGGGAGGAAAAGUCCCCGCAUAAUAGCAAUAAACCGGUUGGCGGAGGAAAGCGGCCGGCUGUCGUGUGUCCCCCCCAACCCCUCCCCCCGCCGCCCCCGACUCCCGCCCGGCCAUGAACGCCAACGGCGGGGGCGAGGGCUUCCCCGGCUCCGUCCAGUUUCCAGGAGGAACUACAGUCCUGGUGGAGCUGACUCCGGAUAUACACAUCUGUGGGCUUUGCAAGCAGCAGUUCAAUAACUUGGAUGCCUUUGUUGCCCACAAGCAAAGUGGCUGCCAACUGAGCGGCGCCACCCCGGGCACGCCCGGUACGGUCCAGUUUGUGGCCGAGGAGACGGUCCCGGCGCCCCCGUCUCAGACCGCCGCGAGAACCAUCACUUCGGAGACGCAGACCAUCACCGUUUCUGCCCCAGAAUUUGUUUUUGAACACGGUUACCAGACCUACCUGCCCACGGAGAGCAGCGAUACACAGACCGCCACGGUGGUCUCCGUCCCUCCCAAAGCUCGCUCUCGGAAGGCCGCGGCCGCGCUGGCCCAGAAGAAACUGAGCUGCUGCUACCCAGGUUGCCAAUUCAAAACAGCAUAUGGCAUGAAAGAUAUGGAACGUCAUCUGAGGACUCACACGGGCGACAGGCCCCAUAAAUGUGACGUGUGCGGCAAGUGCUUCAGCCGGAAAGACAAGCUGAAGAUGCACGUGCGGUCCCACACCGGCGUGAAACCCUAUAAAUGUAAACACUGCGACUACGCGGCCGCCGACGGCAGCAGUCUCAACAAGCACCGGCGCAUACACUCCAACGAGCGACCCUUCAAAUGCCAGAUCUGUCCCUACGCCAGCCGCAACUCCAGCCAACUGACCGUGCACCUCAGAUCGCACACGGGGGACGCCCCCUUCCAGUGUCAGAUGUGCAGCUCCAAGUUCAAAAUCAACUCGGACUUGAAGAGGCACCUGCGGGUCCACUCGGGCGAGAAACCUUACAAGUGCGAGUUCUGCGACGUCCGCUGCGCCAUGAAAGGGAACCUCAAGUCCCACAUCCGCCUCAAGCACGGCUCGGAAAACACCUUCGAGUGCCCGGAGUGCGACUUCCGGUGCGGGAACAAGACGAGCCUCCGGCACCACGCCCGCGUCCACCAGCCCGAGCAGCCGGUCAAGUGCUCGCGGUGCAGCUACUCCUGCUCCAACAAGGCGGCCCUCAAGGUGCACGAGCGCAUCCACUGCGAAGAUCGGCCUUUCAAGUGCGAGUUCUGCAGCUUCGACACCAAACAGCGGAGCAACCUGACCACCCACGUGAAGAAAGCGCACGGAGACCGAGGCGAGCCCAAGAGACGGUCCCCGGAGAAGAAGGGAGGCGCGGCGGGAGGCGGGGGAGACCGGCCGCCGCCGGCCGGCUCCCGCCAAGUGGCUAGACUCGACGCCAAGAAGGCCUUUCGGUGCGACUUCUGCGAGGCUUCGUUUGUGCGGGAGGACUCUCUGCGGAGCCACAGGAAGCAGCACGGCGAGUACAGCGGGCCCAGGAGCACGGAACUGGCGGUGCUGCAGCUCCGGGUGGAGCCCGGCGGGCAGGCCGACGCUCCUUUCACCGUCGGCCACGUCCAGGUGCCCCUUCGGCCCAGCCAGCUUUCCCAGUUGGGCGAAGGCAGCGGGGUCAAAAUCGUCGUCGGCCACCAGGCGCCUCAGGGGGAUACCAUCGUCCGGGCGGCUUCGCUGAACGUCGCCCCGCCCGCCCUGGCCGCCCCCACCCGGGAAGACCUUCCCGCCGCCGACCGGCUGCAGAUAUUACGGCAGGCGGGCCUCGUCGCCCCGCCGCGGCCCCGGAACGACGCCGGCGCCGCGGGCCGGUCCGCGGUUCUCCUUACCGCCCACGACCGACCGGACGGCGCCGCGCUGCACCGGGCGCUCAUCUCCGCCCCUCCGGGGGGGAGUCACCAAUCCUCCGCCAGCCAGACUUUCAUCACCGGCUCGGGCAUCAGCUGCUCCGACUUAGAAGGUCUCAACGCCUUAAUACAGGAAGGCACCACGGAAGUGACCGUGGUCAGCGACGGAAGCCAGGAUAUCACCGUCUCCACCACGACUCCCCCUCCUAUUUUCUCCUCAUCCUCCCACCAGGAAUUACCCAAACAGACUUACUCCAUCAUUCAGAGCGGGGCUCAUUCUGCUCUGUUGUGUCCUGCGGAUUCCAUCCCGGAUUAGUCGUCGAAAAAGUUCUUCCCCCCCGCCCCCCCUCGAAAGAGCACCCCCGUCCCAGUGACGGAUAAGCGGAGAGAUUUGUCGGUUGUCUUUCUUGUAACUCUGGCAGAGCUCAAUGGAGGCUGCUUCAAUGCAGAAUAAAUGAUCAUUUCCUAGUAUGAGAAUUUUUUUACAUGGCGACAACUUUUGAAAAUAGCAAUUAAUUGUCAUUUUAUAGUCGUGACCAAAAUGCUGCCUGUUGGAAGGGGAAUGAAUUAAAUAUAGACUUAACAGAAGUGAAUGCAAAA